AUGGAUGGCGCGCCUCUCCACGGCCUGGCGGUUGUCCCUUUCCAGAUCCCUGGCGCUGGAGUCCACGUGCCUGUCCAUGCGAAUAGUUCGUCCAGCCAGAAUAAGAAACGGAGGUUGGACGAGACAAGCAUCAGCCCGAGAAUGCUUCAGGAUAUAGUUCAGAUGUCGCCCGUGCCCUUCGUCCUUAGCCCGAUCUACAAGCACGUGGACGCUUUCAUCGGGGCAGUGCACACAAAUGGCAAGUAUGAUGUUCCUCAUGGCGAUGCGGUGUAUACGGUUGCCAAGCGCAUGUUCGACGAUUCUGCGUCGUUUCAAAUGAUGACCAAAACGAGCGAGGCGGAGCUGGCAGGUUCAUCUCGCAUGAAGACGGUCAAGAUCACCAGAAAGUUGGCGGAAUUUGCAAUUGUAUAUGACAGACUUCGCCGCCAUAGCUUAGAGAAGUCUUUGGUAUCCUGCGACAGGGUGAAGCCACUUUACUAUAUAGAGUGCGAGUUUUACGACGAGAGUCCGAUGCCGUUCAAACUCAGAGAUUGCAGUUUCAACAACCAUAUUGAGCUACUUCAGGACUUCGCUGCAGUGUUGAACCCCAAGUGCGUCAAGGAUGGUGUCGUGAUUCCUUCGGAGCUCCCAGCGUUCAUCCAGCAAAGUCGCACUGAAGCGUCAAUUGCCAAGAUGCUCCAAGUUGAUUCUCGAUAUGCAUGCUUGUUGAAGGUAGAGAGCGGCGGUGCCAAGCGAUACAUCUUCGUGCAUUCCUCUACCCUCAACCACUUGGUAGUAAUUGAUCGCAACACGGGCGAGGCCACUCGCGGGGCCCUCAGAUUGCGCUGGUCAGUGAGUUUGGCGCACAAGCUGCAUGAACAACGGGUUCGUCUCGUCACGACCGACCAGGGUGGGGGUUGCAUCAAGUGCGAACGUGGCAUUGCAGAAAAAGACAGACAAGGCUGGCAGCACCUACACCUGCACUGCGAAGUUCACAUCACCAGCUUGGUGCACAAGAACUCGUUCAAGCUUGUCACAGAGAAUGUUACUGGGAUGGUGAGGUGCGCGCUGUCACUCAAGCUGGCGGGACACAUGGGUUCAUUUCGACAAGUUCUUCGCGAGGUCAUCGGGAGCAUGAUUCUGUUCAAAGUUGGAGCUCCUCCGCCAGAGGCAUUUUUCUACAGGAGGAUGGCGCUCAGGCUGUUGAGCUCAUCGGGCUCGCUCGUCAUCCAGAAGUUCGUUGCCUUGAACAAGUUUCCGAAUGGCGAUUGGAGGAAUCGAUCCAACGUGGAGGUGUAUGUACCAGCGUUUCCUGACGGUGUCGACCUCGACGCGCACAAGGCGAAGUACAAGACAUCACUGUACCCGCGGGACAAGUGGACGGGUGCAGACGCGUGCAUCGACCAAUUCUUGUCACAGGAGCUAUGUCACGGGCUUCUGACUAAGGCGUACCCCAUCUGGGCGAAGAGCAUGGGCGCGAAGGCUUCUAGCAAUGCAUCGGCGGCGAUGCGCGCCGCCCCGCACGCCGAAGUACCGCUGCUCAUGCUGCCCUCUGGCGAUGGUGGAGACGGCGACGGCGAAGCUGGCGAGGGCGAAGGUGACCCUGCAAACGUCGGGGAUGACAGUGGGGGUGCCGGCGGAGAUCGACGCGACGAGGACUUGCGCCAGCAGCCAGUGUGCCAGUUCAGGGCAGAGGAAAACGCGAAGGACAGGCAAGUCGGCAUCAAUUGGGUCUUGAGCAAGCCGAUGACACCGCUUAUCAUCAUGAGGUUGACGAUGGUUCCACUAUCCGACAUCAUGGGCCGCCUUCUGGACCUGGGGAGUCCAAAAUGGGAAAGGGAGCAGCGGGUUCGCGAGUUGGCCUCUGCAUCGAAUGCUGGACCUCUGGCUGGAAACAUUACUACUGGCAGGGACUAUCCAAUUGUGGUCGCCGCCGAGGGGACGAUAGAGGACAAGUUUUUCGAGAAGCUAGAAACGCUACUCACCCAACCUGCCAUGUGGUCACUCGUUUUGGAGGAGGAGUGCACGGAGCAGACGAAUGCGCUAGCGUUCAAGAUGUUAUCUCGCGCUGGGUGCUUGGUGGCAGAGCUCGUGCGGGAAUUGCAGAAGUACCCCUACCGUUUGUUCUUGGUACUGCACCACCCGCACAUGGCCGCGACGAUCGAGUCGGAGAGCGAGCGCGUCCUCGGCAAGUUCACGAAGCAGUUCCUGCAAGACAACCCCGACCUCAGCGCAGACGACGCCAGGAUGCGCCUGCUGUCGAUCGCUGCCAUGGCGAAGCUGGAUAUCUCCCACAUCGAAGCCCUCCACGCCAGCAUUCGGCGCCUCGUGGUCGCUGCGAGCCACCAGACCCACACCAUAGAGAUCGCUGCCGCCUCGGCGGAGUGGGUUGCCUCCCGCUGCAGGUCGCGGGCGAAAAACUCUGCAGGCCUUACUCGGACGACCUUCGUGGACGCAGACAGCGCAGAGCCAGCGGAGGACGAUGAGCCUCGCAAGCCUCGGGGAGGCGGCGGCGCCUGGAGAGCUUUCGUUGCCAUGAGCGAGCCUGGGGUUUUCAAGGAUUUCGCGCAGCUGGCGGUGCAAUACCGACAACUCGACGCCGACCAGAAGGAGAAGCACAUCACGGCUGGACGCGCUGCGACGGCCGCGCACCGAGAGCAUCCAGAUGUCAGCUCAUUCGGGAACAACUCGAAGCAAGAGGCACGACUGAUUGCCGCAGAGCGUCGGGCCCAACUCACACUUCAAUUGGGCAGCCUUGCGAGUAGCGAGGGCCCGUCGAUGGAGGUUGUUGCAGCGAACCAGAUCGUCGCCACGCAGGUUGACAACGCAUCUGCGCUGGCUGCUGCUAGAUCCGCAACGUACAACAUUGGCAGGAUGAAGGCCAAGGACUGCAGGGAUAAGGUCUCCAAGUUGAAGACCUUCGCGGUGGACGAGGCAGCUCUUCGACUCGCUGUCGGCGACGUCCCUCCUCUCGCAGCUGUCGCUGAAGAUCUUCAGCGCCUACCUGGGCGAGCGUGCUCCGACCUGGAGUUCGUCCCCGACAUCGGCUCGACGGCUGCGAAGGCCACCUGCGCGUCGCAGACGACGCGAAGUUCGGGAGGCACCUCGAAUACGGCAGCUCUGACGGCGAGUUGGUACCGUCGUCACAACAUCGUGUGCCAUGACGAUUGCGAGAGGAUUGCAGACCAGCCGAAGGACUUCAACAAGCAGAUGCGUUGCUGGAAGUUCGGGCGGUGUAUUUGCAACGGCGAGGGCAAGAAACUCUACUCUAUUCGCAAGGCACUGCUACGCGUGAUGAAGAAGGCUUUUCCGCGCAAGUCGACACAGUUUCCUUUACUGGUGAAUGGGAGUAUCUUCGCGGCGAUCUUUCCGCCUCUACCUGCCGAUCUAGUCGAGCUCGGCGCGGAGCGAGAUUGGUUGGAAACCGAUGAGUUGCUCGUGGUCCACGUGGGCGUCCAGUACCUGAAGCCCUACAGGCCGACGUACCACAAGAUGCGCCUGGAGCGGGUUCGCGAUGACGGCAUUUGGGACUUGCAGGCUUGA